GCCGCUGAGUUGAAAGCAAGCAGCGAAAAGGCAUGCUGUUUUUGUCAACAUUUUAAUAUAAACUAAAAAUUGUGUUAAAAAUUCCAUCAAAAAGUGAAUAAUUCUUCAAUAUUUGUUAAAAACUCUUGGAAUUACAAAUUAGUAUGGCUGCCUUGAAGAAGAAAAAGUGUGGAAAUUUAUUCCCCGAUUCUUCGUCAGAUGAGGACGAAUCAAAUUUUGUUGGGGAUAAAUCAUUUCCAAAAAGCGGUGGGAGUGGUGAUGGCGACGAGGAUAGGCCCUUAUCCGGAAAUCGUGUACAGGGAGACAGUAGUGGGUUCCAAAUUAAUAAAAAUUAUGCUGAACGAUACGACUCGUGGAGAAAUAAGGAAGAGUUGAUGAAAAUGAAAGCCCGCUACGGCACGGACAACAUUGACGACAUCGACUCUAAUUCGUCGUCCUCCUCGGAGGAAGAGGAAGAAUGGACAGACGACAAGGAGAAAGCAUUCUUUAAAACGUUAUCCAAUCUAAAGAAAAAAGAUCCCAAAAUUUAUGAUCCAACCGUUAAUUUUUUCACACCGGAAGUCACACCUUCAUUAUCCGCUUCAAAGAAUAAGGACAAGGUCAAGAAAAAGACUGAUAAACCAUUCCUGCUCAAGGACCACGAACGUACCAUGAUUCUCGAAAAGGGUGCCCUCAUCUCAGACUCGGACGAUGAUGACCAAGAAGAAGAUAAAAGCAAGCAAAAAUCUACCCUUUCUUACUAUCAGGAACUCGACUCCAUCAAAAAGGGUUUUAAUGCGGCUUUAAAUUCAAUUGAGUCGGAUGAUGAUAACGACGAUGAUAAUGUCUUGUUAAAGAAGGGGAAACCUAAAACAGAGCAGGAGUCGAAACAGGAAGAUGAAGAUUAUCGCCUCUGGUUGAAAGGGGAGUUGAAAAGACUUGAUGGCGGAAAAUUGUCCAAGGACGAAGUCAAAGAAUUGUCAUUCCUCCGCUCGUAUUGGACGGAUGAGAAACUCGAUGAGGGCGAACAGUUUUUAAGGGAUUACAUCCUCAACCGAAAGUAUGUUGAGGGCAAAGAUUCCAAUACCAAGAAUGACGACGACGACGAAACUAGAAAUUACAACCAAAUCGCGCAUGAUUCUGACGAGGGAGGAUUAUCAAAUGACGAACAAUUUGAGGAACAACGAGAAGAGUUUGAACAUAAAUAUAAUUUCCGGUUUGAGGAACCCGAUCCCGAAUUUAUCAAACGCUUUCCCCGUACGAUCGAUGACUCCCUCAGGCGUGAAGACGAACGUCGAAAAAAACAACGUGACACUGCUAAAGAUCGCAAAACUGAGGCAAAGGACCGCAAACGAGAACAAGUCCAGCGACUGAAGGCCUACAAGAGGAAAGAGAUUCUCGACAAGUUGGCCCAACUGCAGGAAAUAAGUGGCAAUCCUGACCUCGAUAUUGACCUUGACGGCGAUUUUGAUCCAGCCGAGUAUGACGAAAAAAUGAGGAUUGCUUUCAACGAGGAAUAUUACACGGAGGGUGACGAUGACGCCAAGAAACCAGAAUUUCCUUAUGACCCCGAAAUUGAUGAUGAAGCCAACUUUGAAGAAUGGGUUCCCACUAGGGAGGAUGACGAUGACAAUGACGACAAUGAUGAUGAAGUACCUGGGCCAUCGCCAGUUAAGAAACCGAAAAAUAAGCUGGCUCACGACGACGAGGAUGAUAAGGUUGUCACAAAACCUACGACUUCUACAAAGUCUGCAAGACAACAAGAACUUAUCGAUUCAUCUCGUGGGAGAAAAUCCGCUUCCGAAAAAAAAUCAACCUCCCUUUUUCUCAACGCGUUGGAAAAGAAGAAGCCAAAAUUCAACCCCGCCCAGCACAAGUCAUUCGACCAAUAUUUCAAGGAAUAUUACGCUCUCGAUUUUGAAGACUUAAUUGGUGAUCUACCCUGUCGUUUCAAAUAUAGGAAUGUGCGCCCAAAUGACUUUGGCUUGUCGACGGACGAGAUUUUGAAAGCAGAAGAUCGCGAACUCAAUCAGUGGGCUUCCUUAAAGAAAACUUAUCAGUAUCGUCCCGACACAGAGGAGACUUACGAGGCGCAGGCUUACAAGAAAAAAGGGGAGAAUGACGCGUUAAAAAAGAGGGUACUUCUUUCGGUUUAUCAACCAAUAAUCGGCCCUGAUGAGGAAGAGGACGAACAAGAAAUUGGUAAUAAUGACGACGGCGAGAACAACGCUGAUACCACUAAAAAGUCUAAAUCUAAAAAGAAGAAGAAAAAUAACAAGUCGAAACCUAAAGCGGAAGUUUCACAAACAGAAACAGAAAUUCCAAUUAAAAUUGAAGCAGACUCAUCCCAACUCAUUCCAGAUUCUUUAGUUGAAGCCAAAUCCAGCAAAAAGACUAAAUCUAAAAAAUUAUCUGUACCUCCUCCCACAAAACUCGAGAAUGACGAUGAGCAUAAUGACGAAUCUUCACUAUCACCUACCAAAGAAGAGGAACAACAAUCUGCUGAUCCACCAAAACUGUCUAAACGGCAGAGAAAGAAUCGAAACAAACAGAACAACGGACAAAAACAGCCCUCUACUGUAGAUUCAUCCACUUCUCCGAAAAAAGUGACGCCACCAAAUGGUCAUGCUCCCACAAAUAAAAAGAAGCACGCCAACUCCAAAAAGGGUCCAAAUUCUGAGUCCCAUCAACAAUCUAGUAAGUCUUUGAAGCGAAAAGCGGACCAGGGUUUGGAAGACGAGAGGUUAAAAGCGUACGGAAUAAAUCCCAAGAAGCAUAAAAAGUGGGUGAAAUAUGGUACUUCCGGAGGAAAAUAGAACUAAAUAAGUCGCUUUAUAACAACUAUUACAAAUUUAUGAAAUAAAAAACAAUUCAAAAUUCUUAAACUCUA